AUGAGCUCUUCCAUCCCAUCUACUCAAAAGGCAGCCUUAAUCACGAAUCCUGGAAAUGAUGCCCGAAUCAUAAUUCGAUCGGAUAUACCGGUUGGCAAUCCUGGCGAAAACGAGAUUCUUGUAAAGCUUGAAUUUACUGGUCUAUGCGGCUCAGAAAUCCGUGCAUUAUCAGGAUGGGGUCCCUAUAACCCCAUAGUCGGCCACGAAGGUGUAGGAACAGUCGUGAAACUCGGAAAAGAAGUUGACGCAAGCCUACUCAAUAAGCGAGUCGGCGUAAAAUGGCUCUACAGCGCCUGCGGGACGUGCACCAUUUGCAAAAAAGGCUAUGCCAACAACUGUCCCAAACAGCUUAACACAGGAAAACAUGUCCCCGGUACUUUGCAAGAAUACGUGAUUGCAGAUGCGAGAUACAUUACUGAGAUUCCAGACGGUCUUGUUGGUGAAGUCGCUGCCCCGUUACUCUGUGCGGGUUUGACGAUGGCUGGUGCUGUGUCGAAGCUGAAGGGAUAUGCUGAGAGGGGCGAUUGGGUUAUUAUAUCUGGCUCAGGAGGUGGACUUGGUCAUCUGGGUGUACAGAUUGCUAGUAGGUUGAACGGUCUGCGGGUUAUUGCUGUUGAUACUGGAGAGUCCAGACGGAAGUUGAGUUUGGACAGUGGCGCCGAGCACUUUAUCGACUUUGACACAGAGAACGUGGAAGCAAAGGUCAAGGAGAUGACGGGUGAGGGAGCAUCCGCUGUCUUGGUGGUGACUGGCUCUCAAGAAGCUUUCAUCCAAGCACCGAGUCUAGUACAGAACAUGGGGAUCAUCGUCACGAUUGGUCUGCCGAGAAACGACUUUACCAUCCCGCUCUCUGCAACUAUAUGUUCCGCAAGAUCGCUGACUGUCACCGGCGUUGCGGUUGGCACAGAAGAGCAGAUGGAGGAGCUCUUGCAGCAUGCCCUUGAAGGAACCAUACUCCCCGAGGUUAAGGUUCUUGAGUUUGAGGAAGUGGGCAAUGUUAUUGAGGGCUUGAAACGACAGGAAGUCACUGGUAGAAUAGUCGUCAGAAUACCAUGA